CCCAAUUAACUGUGCUGAACAGAUGGCACUUUCCCAUGCGGCUGCUUCUUCUUCUUCCUCACCUCUCACUACUCGAUAUGAUGUUUUUAUCAGUUUCAGAGGCGAGGACACGCGUAAUGGUUUUACCAGCCAUCUUCAUUCUGCUCUCCUCAGAAAUCAGAUCGAGACGUUCAUAGAUUACAGAAUCCCCAAAGGAGGUGUCGUCUGGAACGAACUUGUUGAAGCCAUCAGAGACUCAAAGUUGUUUGUUGUUAUCUUCUCCGAAAACUAUGCUUCGUCUAGCUGGUGCUUGAGAGAGCUGGUUGAGAUCAUGGAGUGCAAGAAAAAGAAUGAACAAGUUAUUGUGAUUCCAGUGUUCUAUAAGAUAGAGGCCACACAUGUUCGCAAGCAGAGUGGAAGUUACCGCAGAGCCUUUGAUGAGCAUGAGAGAUCCUCCAACCGUAAACAUGUGCACCAAUGGAGGACGGCACUCACUCAAGCUUCGAAUCUCUCUGGCUUCCCUUGCGAUCACCACAGGUAAGAAGCAGAGUUGAUUGAUAAAAUUGUGGAAGCAAUUUUUCCAAAUCUGAAUAACAAUUGCUAUAGAGAUGAACUCAAAAGUCCUUUUAUUUGUAAUAGAAACUAUACUUAUGUUAAAUCCUUAUUGAAAUUCAAGUCGGAAAAAGUUCUUGUGAUUGGAAUUUGGGGCAUGGCCGGUAUUGGCAAGACAACUAUUGCUACUACUCUCUUUCAUGAGUGUUCUUCAGAAUACGAAGGUCAUUGUUUCUUAACCUUUUCAAAAAAAUUAGAAGAAAAGGGUCUUAACCACAUAUGAGUUAAACUUCUUUCUCGGUUGUUAAAUCAAGAUCUUCGUAUCGAUAAUAUUCGAGUAAUACACUCUAGUAUUAUCCGUAAAAUCGAGCAUAGGAGGAUUUUUGUUGUGCUAGAUGAUGUGACUAAUUCACAAAUUACAGCCGAUUUAAUUCAACUCUUUCGUAAUUGUCUGAGUUCUGAUAGUAGAAUCAUUUUGACAACAAGGGAUAAAAAUGUGCUUACAAGUGGAGGAGUUGAAGAAAUCCAUGAAGUGAAAGAAAUGAAUUUUGAGGACUCUCUUAAACUUUUUAGCCAUAAUGCCUUUAGUGAUUCUCAUCCUAAAGAGGAUUAUUAUGAGCUAUCAACAAGAGUCGUAGCAGAUUAUGCCAAAGGAAUACCAUUAGCACUAAAAAUUUUGGGAUCAUUUCUUCGAACCAAAGAAGAAAGUGAAUGGGAUAGUGCAUUGAAUAAGCUAAGAAAGUAUCCCAAUGCCGAUAUUCAGCAAGUGUUGAGGUUGAGUUAUGAUGCAUUAGAUGAUGAUGAAAAAAACAUUCUUUUAGAUGUUGCAUGCUUUUUCCACGGACAAGAAAUGGAGAACGUAACAAGAAUAUUAAUUUCUUGUGGUUACUUUGCAGACAUAGGGAU